CACCCUCAGUACAUUCUACCCAAAUGUCUCAUUCCUAAUGCCUCAAUCUUGUCGGAUGGGAGACGGCACAACAGCACAGUUUAAAUCUGAGAUGAAGAACAAGCAGAUGAGCAGGACAGGGAACAUCCCGAGAAAGAAAGAGAGAUGGAGGGCAGAUGGGCCAAAGAGUCACAAUGACAUACCACAGGAAAAUGGUAAAAACAGAACAGGAAAAAAAAUCAAGACAUCACACCACGCCAAAACAAACUUAGAUAGAAUGACGAAUAAGCACACUGGAAACCAGACAAGUGGAGCAUUGCAAGGGGAUGUGGGAGUGGAACCAGGAUUAAAAGACACUACACACCAACAAUGCGGCUGGUUUGGACGCAACCUGCUCCUUACCCUCACUGUGCUAGGUGUAAUAGCAGGCACAGCUCUGGGAAUGAUGAUACGGUAUGUUCCAGAUCUGAGCUCAAACAGUCUCAUGCUGGUCUCCUUCCCUGGAGACAUACUGAUGAGAAUGCUAAAGAUGCUCAUCCUGCCCCUUAUUAUCUCCAGCCUUAUUACAGGCCUGGCUGGUCUGGAUGCUCGCUCCAGUGGAAGAAUGGGCAGCAGAGCAAUGGUGUACUACAUGUCCACCACAGUAAUCGCUGCUGUUCUAGGUGUCAUCCUUGUUCUUGGAAUUCAUCCUGGAAAUCCAAAACUCAGGUCCAGUCAGGUCAGCUCUGCCCCCAAGAACCAGGAAGUCAGCAGUCUGGAUGCCUUUCUAGACCUGAUCAGAAAUCUUUUCCCAGAGAACCUGGUCCAGGCAUGUUUUCAACAGGUUCAAACGGUGCUGAAAAAAGUAGCAGUCCCAGUCCAGAACCAAACAGAACCGAUUCUUGAAAAUAGAAAGAAACUGGAAAUGAAGUGGGGCAUGAAUGUUCUUGGUUUGAUUGGGUUCUUCAUCACAUUUGGAAUCUGCAUGGGGAAAAUGGGGGAGAGGGGGAAGCUCAUGUCUGAUUUCUUUAAUAUCCUCAAUGAGAUCAUCAUGAAGAUGGUGUCCAUGAUCAUGUGGUACUCUCCAGUUGGCAUUGCAUCUCUCAUAUGUGGAAAAAUUGCAGCCAUUGGAGACCUGGAAGUGGUGGCGAGGCAGCUGGGCAUGUACAUGGUCACAGUCAUAGUCGGACUCGUCAUUCAUGGUGGGAUUAUUCUACCCUUCAUAUUCUUUGCAGUGACCCGGAAAAACCCCUUUGCAUUUUACUCUGGUAUAUUCCAGGCUUGGAUCACAGCUCUGGGAACAGCCAGCAGUGCUGGGACAUUACCUGUGACGUUUCGUUGUCUGGAGGAGAACCUAAAGAUUGAUAAGCGUGUGACGCGCUUUGUGCUGCCCAUUGGAGCCACUGUAAACAUGGAUGGCACUGCACUCUAUGAGGCUGUAGCAGCCAUUUUCAUUGCCCAGAUGAACGACAUUUACCUGGAUGGAGGACAGAUUGUCACUGUAAGUAUGACAGCAACCUUGGCCAGUGUGGGAGCAGCCAGUAUACCCAGUGCAGGUCUGGUCACCAUGUUGCUAAUCCUGACCGCUGUGGGCCUUCCAACUCAAGACAUCAGCCUGCUUGUCGCUGUUGAUUGGAUUCUUGACAGAAUGCGCACCUCCAUCAAUGUGGUAGGCGACUCCUUCGGGGCGGGUAUUGUGGACCACUUAUCACGGGCAGAGCUUGCUGUGAUUGAUGGGGAAAUCCCCCUAUCAGAUGAGGAGUUCAUCCCCCCUCCUCCUCUUCUCACUGAUAUUGACAUAAUAGAUCCACUUCAACCGCCCGAACUGCCCCCUCGCUCCCCACGUCCUCCCAAACUCAACCAUCACGCUCCAUCUCUGACCCCCUCGCAAUCUCAGUCGCACUCCAUUCCGCAUUCGCCCCGUUCUGUCCGCUCUCCGUCACCUCACUCGAUCCAUUCCCCCUCCCCUCGCUCUGUGUGUUCUCACUCCCCAAGGCCUUUCCGAACACACUCCCCUCGUCUUUUAUGCAGGACAGAGCCUGGAUACUGUGCCCUGCCAACUCACGACAACCAGAUUACCACACUCCCUAGAAGAUUCCGAGAGAGAGACCGGGAAAGGGGCAGAGAAAGGGAGAGACUGCGUGAACGAGAACGGGAUAAAGGCAGCGAGACAGAGGAUGAUGAAGAGAGAGAAAGAAUGGUGGAUGAGAGGAGCGAUGGAGAGGAAAGCGAUGACACAGCGUAUGACAGACGCCACGCCAUCCCACCUUGUGAUCUCCCCUGAACAAGAACUGAUGAGGCUUUACCAUAUUUUCAGAAUACUCCUUCCGAAUUUCAGCACCCACCUUUAUGGAUGAAAGUUUUAGUUUUUUGGCAAGGAAAGGACAUUGAAAAUAUGAGCUGUGCUGUGCUUUUGUUUUGCUUUGAAAAACUGUAAUUGACGCAAAUGAAUAGAGGCAGCAGUGUUAUCCCUCUAAUUCCUUAGCAACAACUGUAAUCUUUUUCCUGCUAGCUGAUUUGCUUUCAUUUAUAGUAGCAUGAUUUGCUUUUACAGGAUUUGAGUAGUAAAACGGAUGAGUGACUUUGAUUGUUUAUUUCACUUCCUCUACCUUAAUUGUAUUUCAUUUAUGACUUUUCUCUCAUAUACAGUCAUUUAUGUAGGUUACUGGGCUACUGGUUGUUGCACUGGAUUUCAUCAGACUCAAGACUGUAAAACCUAAACUUGCUUAAUCGCUCAAUGAAAACGAUAACCUUGACUCAUUUUAGCUGCCUUAGAUGAUGUAAAUGUUCACUGACAGUAUGACAUAAACAAAUAAAUUACAAGAGGCAGUUCAAGUGAGCCAAGGUAGUUGAUUUCUGUAAACAAUUUGAAGUUGUUUUAUAUCUCAUGUUGUAUAAUUUUUUUAGUUGGGUUUUCCAUGUUGGGUUUUCCAUGUUGGGUUUUUCUGUUGACAAGGAUGACACAAGCAAUUGUGAGUAAUAUGAGGAGGAAGUUACUCCUCAUAUCCUUCAUGUUCUUUCCUGUUUGCAUGUCUUAAAAAUCGUAUAUAUAUGAAACUGAACUUUUAAGUACAGAUUUACCAAUAGACUGUUUAGAUAAGUGGGUAUGACGUUUAGGCAGGCUCAUACAUUUUAACGUUACCAUGCCAAGUGCAGUUACACAAACAGUACAUAGUAAAUUAUUUUUAUACCGUCUGUCCUCUCACAAAUUGUCCACUCUAAUGGCACUACCACAGUAAAAGCUAGCAGCAACCAUAUAUAUAGGGCUAUAGUUUUACAGUUUUACUGAGAUCAAGUCUAUUCUAAAGCUUCCUUUGGGAGAAAAAAAAAAAAAAAGAAACGUUUACUUAAGUCUCCUGCUUUUCAUAUAUUUCUUCGGCAACACAUUACUAUAAGGUUCCAUUUGUUAACAUUAAUUAACAACAUUAAUGAACAUGAACUAACAAUGAACAAUACUUUUACAUCAUUUAUUAAUAUUGGUUAAUGUUCAAUGUAUAGUAAUACAUUUUUAAAAAAUCAAAAGUUAUGUUAAUAUUAGUUAUUGCACUAUAAAGUAAAAUGAACUAACAAUGAACCGUUGUGUUUUUAUGCAUUUUAAUAAAUGCUGUUAAAUAUAUAUUGUUUAUGGUUUGUUCAUGAUACCUAAUGCAUUAACUUAUGUUAACGAAUGGAACCUUAUUGUAAAGUGUUAAUGUUUCUCCUCUGAUAAAGACCCUAGUAAUCUCAUUUGUGUCUCCUUUGGGGUUGCAGAAGAGACCUGAACAACUGACUGAUUGAUCAGUAUUGAGAAGAUGCCAAAGACUACAGUCAAGCUUCUUAUUAUGAGUUUUCAAUUUGAACUCAAACAUUUCUCAUCAAAUUAGUCCAAGACUAAAUUAUCUGAGCUAUGCUAUCAAUAUUCAUUUUAUAGCUAUAUAUUAUCUAUAUUGUACAUGAACAAUUGUCUCAUUAGUUUCUAUUUGUAUUUCUCCAAAUAUAUUUUAUGAGAAACUUAUCAGACCAAGCUGAUAUUUAAAUAUAAUUGAGAUUUGUAUUCUAUUCUAAGUUUCUGGAGCCAUAAAAGAGCAAUCACUGAGCACUAAAAAUUUCCUUUGGAUUUAGGUUCUUGACAGUUUAAGAAUUAUGUUGAUGUUAAUAUAGUUGUAAUUUGCUCAGAUUAUAUUUAUUGUCAAGUGUCUGCAAUGUUGCACUCAAAAAUAGUUCAUUUUUAGAUUGAUGUUUGCGAUGUCUUUUGUCUGACCUAUGUAUUUUUCACUUUAUUGCUGGUAUGAUGGAUUUUAAUUAGUUUUCCUACAAACUGUAUCUCUGAAAACCUUUUACUUCCAAUUUAUAGUCUCUCUUUGUCCUUCUGAAUUCAAAAGACCACAUCAGCUAAUGUAUGUGGUGUAUGUA